GUCGCAAAACGUAAACAAACUUUUGUCAAAACAAACAAUCCGCUGAACGCCACAAUCUUUAGGACUAGGACAUGUCGCUAUCAGUUAACCUCACGUCUUCAACUAUGACACCAUUUAUUGAAGAAAAAAACAUUAAAAAACUGAGGGAGUUUGAAAAGAUUGCCAAAGAAAAUAAAGUGAACAGAUUAGAUGAAGGAUUCUUAAAACGGUUUUUGGUUGGAAGACAGUAUGAUACCAUCGCAGCUUUAAGAGCAAUUCAAAAUUUCGAAAGUUUCGUCCACCGACACCGCAACAAAUGGCUCAAGCUAAAAAAAUCUCGAAUUGAACUAAUCAUAAAUAGCCAAAUUGUCGAAAUAUUAGAAAACACAGGUCUUCAAGGCCAACAUAUAGUGUGGAUUCGAUUGGAAAACUGGGAUCCCCAAAUAAUUACAGCUGAUGAAAUUUUAGAAGUUUCAGGUCUGUUAUGCGAGUUGCUUUACUCCAAAUCGGACGAAGUUAAAUAUAUUGAUCUUAUUAUGGAUUUACACAAUUUUUCGUUAAAACAUAUGUACGGAAUUUCCCCCAAAUUUGCCAGGAGGAUGGUGUUUUUUAUAUCAGAAUGUCUCCCGGUCAAUCUGCUGCACGUGUAUGUAAUUCGGCAACCUAAGCUGUUCUACGUAGUUUUCUCUUUGUUUAAACCAUUUUUGGAGGAAAACAUUAGGAACUCUAUAAGAAUAUGUGGACACAAUUACGAAUUAUUGAAAGUAACCAUUGGAAAAGAUAAUCUACCGCCUCAACUGGAGGGUACUAGCGACAAAUUGAAUCCCAACAAAUGGCUUAAUCUCUUUUACGACAAAAAUAUUCAGAAAUAUCUAAAACUGUCAGGAUAUGAAUUUUACUAACAAUAUACAAUCAAUGUCUUUAUAUUUAUUUGCACUUAUUUUUUAUAAAUAAAAUGUAAUCAUUUCUA